AUGGAAAUUGAUCAUUUGUUAUGCAUAAAUGGGCAUAAAGAAAGAAUCUGGUCAGUUUCUUGGAGCCCAUCGGAAGAUUUAUUUGCUACUUCUAGCUCAGAUUGUAAAGUUAAAAUUUGGAGAUUUUAUAAAAGUACAAAAAAACCCAGAAUCAAUAGAUGUAUAUUAAAUUAUCCCGGAUGUGGUAGUGAAUACAGCUACGAACUCGAAUUUGAAAUUUCAAAUUUCUUUAAAAAAACUGUUAGAAGCGUGAAGUUUAGCAAAGAUGGAAACUAUUUGAUCUGCGCAUCUUUUGAUGGAACUUCAACUAUUUGGUCAAAAAAAAUACACGAUAAAAGCAAAACUACUAAAUCUAAAAACACUGAAUGGAAAUGCUUGGUUACAUUAGAAGGUCACGAAAAUGAGGUUAAAUGCGCAUCCUUUGACUCAAGUGGAAAUUACGUAGCCACUUGCGGAAGAGAUAAGACCAUUUGGAUAUAUGAAAAAUCCCACGAUAAAACGCCAAAUGAUUGUGAAGAUUUAAAUAAACUUCAUUUGACGGGAAAGUUGGACUAUUUCUGUUCAGCUAUUCUGACUGGACAUACUCACGACGUUAAAUAUGUGUGUUGGAACCCAGUGGCUCUGAUUUUGGCAAGCGCAUCAUAUGAUUCAACAAUUAGAAUAUGGACUAUCGCAACCGGGGAUUGGUCAUGCAUCCAAACGCUAAAUCUACACACGAACACAGUUUGGUGCUUAUCUUUCAACUCUAAUGGCACAAAAUUAACCUCUUGUUCAUCAGAUAAAUCACUUUUUGUUUAUAAGAGUAAAAUAAUUGAAUGUUUUUCAAAAUUCGGUAAAAUCGCAAAACCACGACUCAAUAGGUUCACCAUUUUUAACACUUGCUUCCCAGUCCCAAAUAUCAAAAAAGAAAGUGAAAGUAAUAGUUAUGGACCAGUAUUUGCAGACGACUGGGAAGUUUGUAAAGCCUAUGAAGAGUUACACUCAAGACCAAUUUACACAGUUGAUUUUGGGGAUUAUAUCGUAACUGGUGGAGGGGAUAAUAAGAUCAAGAUCAUAAAUCUUGAAGAUGAUUUUUCAAACAUUCAUGAGAUAUCGGCUCACACUUCGGAUGUAAAUGCAGUUUCAUGGAAGCCUAACGAUAGUAGUAAAAUAUUAGUGUCUGUUGGAGACGACGAGUAUAUUAGAAUAUGGAAAGAAAUGAGCGGUUUGUUGAACAGAAUUUUGUUUCCAGGAAUUGUUCCACUCAUUCAAUCCAAGGUUUUAUCACUUCCAUUACCAGAGAAACUUAAAUCAAUAUUAGCCCACCCGGCCGGACCCUUUACCAUUCACUUCUAUGCUCCAUCAUUUAAAUGGUCAAUCUCCCUGGCAAACAUAUCCGAUAUAAAUAGGCCUACUCAUCUUAUCUCACUUCCUCAACAACUGGGUAAGGAAUAUGUGUAUAGUAAAAUUAUCUUUAAUUUAGCUGUUACCGCAACCGGCUUGAUAUGGUCAAGAUAUAGCUACGUUAUAAUUCCAAGAAACUACAAUUUAUUAUCAGUAAAUUUAGCAAUGUCACUAACUGGCCUUUACCAGAUUUCUAGAAUUGCUCGAGAUAAAUACCUUGCUCCCCAGAAGAAUUAA